UUGUUUCUUUUAUUUUUUCCAUAAGAGUGGAAUGGCAUCUCCUGUGCAAUAUUAUGGAUUCAGUUUUCUUAACACUGACUAUUGUAUGCACAUGCAUAAAUGGCACUCUUACAAUUGUUUACCUUAUGGAUAUUUAACUCUAUUUUUGUGUGAAUGGUGUCUGUUCAGAUUGAGGAUAUUUUGAAUGAACUUGCAAGUAUGGUAUUUGCACUUGACCCAUCAGGGGGGCAAGUUGGGGAUGAUUUAAUAGCAUUGCUUCAGCAGGGGAGACAAUUUAAUGAAUCUAAUAACAGUAUGGUGUUCUCCCACUAUUAUACUCAUUGGUAUGUAUAUCCAUCAAGUUCUCUUGGUCAAAUGGUAGAGCAUAUGGAUGAUAGUAAUAGACAUGGUUUUUGUUGAGAAGAGCCAAUUUAUUGAGAGUGUGUGCGAAAUUGUUGUCAAGGGUCAUUGGGGAAAUUUGUUGAAUGCAAAGAAUGGCUCUGCUCUCACUUCCACUACCAUACACAAUGUGCUUUUGCAUCUCUCACUUUAUGGUUAUGGGCCCUCUUAUUCCUUUCCAUUCUUCAAAUGGGUUGCCUCCAUCCCACAUUUUAGCCACUCCUUGCAAUGUUCAUGGACCAUGAUUCACAUACUCACCAAACACAAACAUUUCAAAACUGCACAACAGAUGCUUGACAAAAUUGCCCACAAGGAUUUUCUUUCAUCUCCUUCGGUUUUGAGCUCUUUGGUGAGGAUUCAUGACGACCCAGAAGUUAAUUCACAUGUUUUGAGCUGGCUUGUGAUACAUUAUGCAAAGUCAAAGAUGACCCAGGAUGCAAUUCAAGUUUUUGAACAGAUGAGGUUGUUAUAUAAAGUCAAGCCCCAUUUGCAUGCUUGUACUGUGCUUUUGAAUUGUUUGGUGAAUGAUGGGAUUACUAAUAUGGUUUGGAAGAUUCAUAAGAGAAUGGUUCAAGGUGGGGUUGUUCUCAAUAUCUACAUUUACAAUUGUUUAAUCCAUGCUUGUUCCAAAUCAGGAGAUGUGGAGAGGGCAGAACAGUUACUAAAUGAGAUGGAAGCAAAGGGUGCGCUUCCUGACAUUUUUACAUAUAAUACUUUGAUAUCAUUAUAUUGCAAGAAAGGUAUGCACUAUGAGGCUUUGUCCAUCCAGGACAAAAUGGAAAAAGAGGGGAUAAAUCUUGAUAUAGUUAGUUAUAAUUCUCUUAUUUAUGGAUUUUGCAGAGAAGGUAGGAUGAGAGAAGCUAUGAGGAUGUUUAGUGAAAUUAAAAGUGCAGCUCCCAAUCACGUGACAUAUACUACGUUGAUUGAUGGUUAUUGUAAAACGAAUGAACUGGAGCAAGCUUUGAAAAUGCGUGAGCUGAUGGAGGCUAAGGGAUUGUACCCUGGAGUUGUUACUUAUAAUUCAAUUUUGCGCAAGCUGUGUCAAGAUGGCAGGAUAAAAGAUGCAAACAAGCUUUUGAAUGAGAUGAGUGAAAGAAAAGUUCAAGCUUGAGAGAAUAUACAUUACUCAGCAAAUGUUUUCAAAAAAAUUGUUCCUGAAAGUUUGCGUAAGUUUCUGUAUUCCUCUAUUCAUGUGUGAGUCUGCUAUGGCUCAAAUUGUAUACAGUUAGCAAGAAAUAGAGAAAGAAAAUGUUAAAAAUAUCAUUUGAAUUA